AUGGGGCCUCCUGUCAUGAAGGAUUGGGAUGACUUGGAAGAGCCGGGAACCGGAGCAGGGAACUGGUACUAUCCUGUACUGGACAGCGAGGGGUCGACAGUCUGCUAUGAGUACAUGAGUAUCAAGCUGCAGAAUCCUGAGAUGCAGCAGUGGGGCUGUCGGGGAGAGUUUCCUGGAAGCGAGUUCCGCAGAGUCAGCCCCACACCAUCAGGACGAUCAGUCUGCGGGUCGAGAACCUGGGACUCGUCAACCCUUCAGCAUGGAUGUCAGGAGACGGUGUACUGGAUGCCUUCGGCACAUCCUCGGAGCAUGUGA